AUAGGCAUCAAAAGUGGGGAAGCACUCUAUAGAAUCAAUGGGAGACCAAGGUUGUUUUCACAAUGGUGCCAACUGGCAUGGCUGGCUUAAGCGCUUGGAGCCUAAUCUCUCCAACAGGCGGCCUUAUAGGGAAAAAAGGCUGCCUAGAAGAAAGUCUGUUUCAUCUGAAGUUUCUAGAAAUCUAAUUUCAAGGGAGAGGAAAUCCACAGAUGCAUCUACUGCUUUUACAGGUCCCAAGACCCUUGCCCAGAUUAGAGAAGAGAAGAGGAAAACUGAUGAAAAUGGUGGGAAAAUGAGGCAUUCAGGCAGAACUGCAUCAGCAGACUUCCAGUGUCCAAAAUCAUUGAGUGAAAUCCUCAAGGACAAGGGGAGGCUAGAUACUGUAAGAGAUGGACAUACUAGGGAAGAAAUUUUUGAAGUUGACGGGAAUUAUGUCCCAUAGCUUUAUCCUUUUUUACAAAAAAAAAGAAAAAGAAAAAGAAAAGAAGGAACCUUUAAAUUUUGCUUUAGAUAAAACCUCUAGG